GAGCCGGGCCGCGGGAGCAUGUGGACCCGGAGCGGGGCGCGGGGUGCGCUGCUGCUGACGCUGCUGCUGUGCUGGGACCCAUCGCUGAGCCGAGCAGGCUCUGACUUGGGCAGUGUGGUGCUCCCAGACUCCUUCCCCUCUGUGCCAGCGGAUCCACUGCCCCACUUCCUGCAGGAGCCGCAGGACGCCUAUAUUGUGAAGAAUAAGCCUGUGGAGCUGCGCUGCCAUGCCUUCCCCGCCACACAGAUCUACUUCAAGUGCAACGGCGAGUGGGUCAGCCAGAAUGACCACAUCACACAGGAGAGCCUGGACAAAGCCACUGGCCUACGAGUGCGAGAGGUGCAGAUUGAGGUGUCACGGCAGCAGGUGGAGGAGCUUUUUGGACUGGAGGAUUACUGGUGUCAGUGUGUCGCCUGGAGCUCUGCAGGAACCACCAAGAGUCGCCGGGCCUACGUCCGCAUUGCCUACCUUCGCAAGAACUUUGACCAGGAGCCUCUGGCCAAGGAAGUACCCCUGGAUCACGAGGUCCUCCUGCAGUGCCGCCCACCGGAGGGCGUGCCUGUGGCAGAGGUGGAAUGGCUGAAGAAUGAGGACGUUAUUGACCCCACCCAUGACACCAACUUCCUGCUCACCAUUGACCACAACCUCAUCAUUCGGCAGGCCCGUCUAUCCGACACAGCCAACUAUACCUGUGUGGCCAAAAACAUUGUGGCCAAGCGCCGGAGCACCACAGCCACCGUCAUCGUCUAUGUGAAUGGCGGCUGGUCCAGCUGGGCAGAGUGGUCACCCUGCUCCAACCGCUGUGGUCGUGGCUGGCAGAAACGCACACGGACUUGUACCAACCCAGCCCCGCUCAAUGGGGGUGCUUUCUGCGAGGGACAGGCCUUCCAGAAGACUGCCUGUACGACUGUGUGUCCAGUGGACGGAGCAUGGACAGAGUGGAGCAAGUGGUCAGCCUGUAGCACUGAGUGUGCCCACUGGCGCAGCCGUGAGUGCAUGGCACCCCCUCCCCAGAACGGAGGCCGAGACUGCAGUGGGACACUGCUCGACUCCAAGAACUGCACGGAUGGGCUGUGCAUGCAGAAUAAGAGAACUCUAAGCGAUCCUAAAAGCCACCUCCUGGAGACCUCUGGGGACGUGGCGCUGUAUGCGGGCGUGGUGGUGUCCAUCUUUGUGGUGGUGGCAGUCCUUAUGGCUGUGGGCGUGGUGGUGUAUCGUCGCAACUGCCGAGACUUUGACAAUGACAUCACCGACUCCUCCGCGGCCCUCACUGGUGGCUUUCACCCCAUCAACUUCAAGACUGCCAGGCCUGGUAACCCACAGCUCUUGCACCCAUCUGUGCCUCCCGACUUGACAGCCAGUGCUGGCAUCUACCGUGGGCCUGUAUAUGCCCUGCAGGACUCAGCUGACAAGAUUCCCAUGACCACCUCACCAUUGCUGGACCCCCUGCCCAGCCUCAAGAUCAAAGUCUACAACUCUAGCACCACUAGCUCAGUGCCUGGCCUGUCAGAUGGGACUGACCUGAUAGGAGUUCUGCCACCCAGCACAUACCCAGGCGAUUUCCCUCGGGACACCCACUUCCUACACCUGCGCAGUGCCAGCCUUGGCUCCCAGCAGCUCCUGGGUCUGCCCAGAGACCCAGGAAGCAGCGUCAGUGGCACCUUCGGCUACCUGGGAGGAAGGCUAAGCAUCCCUGGCACAGGGGUCAGCCUGCUGGUGCCCAAUGGAGCCAUUCCUCAGGGCAAAUUCUAUGAGAUGUACCUACUUAUCAACAAGGCAGAAAACACCAUCCCACUUGCGGAAGGAACUCAGACAGUAUUGAGCCCCUCAGUGACCUGCGGGCCCACGGGCCUCCUGCUGUGCCGCCCUGUCAUCCUCACCAUGCCCCACUGUGCCGAAGUCCGUGCCGGCGACUGGAUCUUCCAGCUGAAAGCCCAGGCCCACCAGGGUCACUGGGAGGAGGUAGUAACCCUGGAUGAGGAGACUCUGAACACCCCAUGCUACUGCCAGCUGGAGGCCAGGUCCUGCCACAUCCUGCUGGACCAGCUGGGCACAUAUGUGUUCACAGGGGAGUCUUACUCCCGUUCAGCAGUAAAGCGGCUCCAGCUGGCCAUUUUUGCCCCAGCCCUCUGCACCUCCCUGGAAUACAGCCUCAGGGUCUACUGCCUGGAGGACACACCAGUAGCACUGAAGGAGGUGCUAGAACUGGAGCGAACUCUGGGUGGCUAUUUGGUGGAGGAGCCCAAGCCCCUGCUAUUCAAGGACAGUUAUCACAACCUGCGCCUCUCCCUUCAUGACCUCCCUCAUGCCCACUGGAAGAGCAAGCUGCUGGCCAAGUACCAGGAGAUCCCCUUCUACCACAUCUGGAGUGGCAGCCAGAAAGCCCUGCACUGCACUUUCACCCUAGAGAGGCAUAGCCUGGCCUCCACGGAAUUCACCUGCAAGAUCUGCGUGCGGCAGGUAGAAGGGGAAGGCCAGAUAUUCCAGCUACACACCACGCUGGCUGAGACACCUGCUAGCUCCCUGGAUGUCCUCUGCUCUGCCCCUGGCAGUGCUGUCACCACCCAGCUGGGUCCCUAUGCCUUCAAGAUCCCUCUGUCCAUCCGCCAGAAGAUCUGCAGCAGCCUUGAUGCCCCCAGCUCACGGGGCAAUGACUGGAGGCUGUUGGCACAGAAGCUGUCUGUGGACCGGUACCUGAACUACUUUGCCACCAAAGCAAGCCCCACUGGUGUGAUCCUGGACCUCUGGGAAGCUUUGCAGCAGGAUGACGGGGACCUCAACAGCCUGGCCUGUGCCUUGGAGGAGAUGGGCAAAAGCGAGAUGCUGGUGGCCAUGGCCACAGAUGGAGACUGUUGAGCACCUGCAACAGAGGUGCUUGGAAGAGACAGACAGGAGGUGGUGCAGGGAGGCCAAGAAAGUCUCCCCAUGGGGGUGUCCAACUCUUCUGUCCUCUAGCUGACAGUUGGAGUUGCCCCUCACUUCCUCCUCCACCCCUUCCCCCUGCCUCAACCCUCAGACCACAACCAGCCUUAGCAAACCUAUGUGUUCUGUUGUUGAGAGGCCUGCUGUCCCCUGGUUGGCACUGGGGAGAGGCUGAGGUCCCUGGAGCCAGUUCAGGACCAGGAGGGUGGUCUCCCUCCAUGCCUGCUUCUGACCCUCCCCGCACCCUGCCCUCAGCCCUGCAACUUCUGUCGUCCUGGGAGAGGGGGAUGGUUCUGUGCUCACUUCCUCUUCCAUUGUGGACCCCCACUCCCCACUCCUUCAGCUUUUAUACCCCUUCCCUCAAUUGAAGAGUCAAGUACAAGUCAGACAACUGCUUCUCCAGUCCACAAGCAAAAAAAGGAAGAAGAAAGAGGAAGGAAGGAAGGAAGGAAGGAAGGAAGGAAGAAAGGAAGGAAGGAAGGAAGGAAGGGAGCUUCAGACACUAGUGAGGUUCAGACAACACCAAAACCAUAAGGGAAAAAAACCCAGUUUCUUAGGAAACGCAAAUGAUUUAUUAUCCAGAUAUUUGGAUAAGUCCUUUUUAAGAAAAAGAAGAAAAAAAAGAAAAUGAAAAACAACAACAAAAAAGAAAACAUUUUUCUUGAGUAUGAGUGAAUGUGCUUGGGGUUCAGGGUAUGUGUUAUGUGUGUGUGUGUGUGUGAGAGAGAGAGAGAGAGAGAGAGAGAGAGAAAGGAAUUCUUUGCUGCUAAUGGCUAAUAAUCUCCCAGAAAUCCAGAAACUGCCCUGCCCCAUUUCUCCUAUCCAAGGACCUGCAUGCCCCUCCCUGGGGUGGGCCUCAGAGGGCCUUAGCAACCAGCUUUGUAGCAUGUAUGCUCCGAUAUGGAGCCAGAGAUGGAGCAGUGUUUCUAUCUGAUGUGCUCGGGCCUCUCCGUCAGCCCUCAGUAGUUCAUCUUCCUUCUGUGGUCUGGGAGGUUUGAAGGGGCUUUUCUGUGUGUGUGGAGGAACAGCACUCACUGUCACCCAGCGUGUCCUGGGGUGAAAGAACAAGAUGAAUCCUAUCUUUUGAGCUGGCUGGGGGUGGCUGGGGCCAGAAUCCCACUGUAGGCACCGGGACCUCCUUAAAGGGUGCAAGGGCAAAUGUCAGAUUUCUUCUAGCUCAAGGUGCUGACUCCUGGCUUGUCGGGCAAGCCCUGACCAGCCAGGACAUAUCCUGACGUUUGAAAGUCUGGUCUCCUGAUGUGGGUAAAAGUUUUAGGGCUGUAGACACAGCCACCAUUUCCUGCUGUGGCCUCGGGCUCCUGGGGCUUUUCACUAGCCACUGUGGCCUGCGGUGGGGUUGGCUAGGCAGGUAAGGCCCCUCCUGGACAAUGGAGAGGUUCCUUCCACUUGGGCUGCUGAGUUGCCUGCAAAAAGCCAACAGUCCUCUGUGGGCUCAGCCCAGCUGGCCACUGGUAGCACAACUGUAGGAGAGAAGUUCUAUCUGACUAUGGGGAAGCCUGGCCAUGCUGGAACAGGCCUUUGUGGCAGUGGGCUUUGCUGGCCCACCUCCAUCACAAGCUCGAAAAUGCCUACUUGCAGCCUGGGAUCCAAAGACAAGGAACUGAGUUCUAGCUGUGCCAACACACUGCCUUGUGAUCUCAGCCUUAUCACUGCCUUCUCUGGGCCACCAUGUCUUUUCUAUGUCUGCCACGCUGUACCAUCCUAUGUCCACCCUCAAGCAUAUCUGACUGUGCUCAGGACAGGACAGUUUCCAAUGUAACUUCCAGAAACUCAGGACCUGAGCAGAGAGCCACUGGACUGGAGUCCUAGGGGGAGGGGAACACCCAGCUUGAUAAGAAGAGCAUUUGCUAAUCCCAUCACCCAGGCUGCAAGGGACCGCACCUCAGUGUCCUGAGUGGAUAGAAGUCCCUUGUAUCAUCUGGGGAGCAGCAGCCAUUUUUUGGCCAGUAGCAGCAAAGGUGCCAUGAAACUGCUCUGUGUGUGUGUGUUUUGUGCCAUGAGACUGUGUGUGUGUGUGUGUGUGUGUGUGUUUUGCCUCAUGUACACCUGUGCUUUCCUCCUUGGGCAUGUGUCCCCAUCUGGGUGUGGGGGUGUAGACUCCUCGGUGCCAGGUUUGCACACCUGCCCUCCCUGAGGCCACAGGGUCAGUCAGUGUAUCUCCUACGUGCCUCUCCUGCCUUCUCUUGGUGCCCAGGCUUUGGAACCCCAGCCCUGCCUGGAACAGCCAAGGACAUGGGGCUCCUCAUCCCUGCACAGUCCGGGGUCCUCUGGUCCCUGUCCCCCAGCUCCCAGGCAGCUGAGCCAGGCUCUGUGGGGUCAGGUGCUGGGGAGCUGGGCCAUGCAUAUGAUUAUAUGUCCAGGGGCUACAGAACUCUAGAGAUGGCCUCAAGCCCACCUCUGUUCAUUCUGUAAACUACAACCUGUAAAUACCAUUUAGCAUUCCUAUUGUAACAAGAUUAAUUUUUAUGAAAUAAAUUAUAUUUCCUAGUCUAA